ACUUAAGUUUCACAUAAAUAUUUGAACCGUUAAUUCUGUAUCAAGGAAGAAAGCUGGUGUAUCAUUCUUAUCCCGUCUUUAGUAUUCUAAAAACGUUCUCAAUGAGUUGAAGUCACAAGGAUGUCUCGUUUUUGUAUCUUUAAGCUAUGGGCUUUUCUUUUAAUAGCCAAAACGGUAGCGACAAACACUGAAGUGUGCGAUUCAGGUUUAAAAAGAUCGGCAACCAUCAAGACUUUUUCCUUGGGUCGUUUCAAAGAACACAAAGGGUCCUAUCUUAAUGUUCCUGCAUUGAUUACAAGUUUGGUGAAGAAAAAGACCGCGUGCCAUUUAAAAUGUAUGAAAGAAAAAUCGUGUGUGUCUAUCAACUUCGCCUCAAGUGCAAAUCCUACGGGGGAGUUCUGGUGCGAGCUUCUCUCUGACGAUAAGUACAACUCUUCUGUCAAAUUUGGGCUGAACGCCACCGCCAACCACUAUAGCAUCUAUUCUCCUUGUCAGUCCGAUCCUUGUCUUCAUGGAAGCCGUUGCCUAGCAACAUACACUGAUGACACGUACACAUGCGCUUGUUUGCAGGGAUAUACUGGAAGGCACUGUGAGACGGACAUAAAUGAAUGUCAAAGCAAUCCUUGCCUAAACGGAGCCACAUGUACUGAUCACGUGAAUGGAUACACGUGCAGUUGUAAGCUGGGAUAUACUGGCAUCGUAUGCCAACAAGACAUAAAUGAAUGCCAAAGCAAUCCUUGCCUAAACGGAGCCACAUGUACUGAUCACGUGAAUGGAUACACGUGUAGUUGUAAGCUGGGAUAUACUGGCAUCGUAUGCCAACAAGACAUAAAUGAAUGCCAAAGCAAUCCUUGCCUAAACGGAGCCACAUGUACUGAUCACGUGAAUGGAUACACGUGCAGUUGUGCGUUGGGAUAUACUGGCAUCGAAUGCCAACAAGACAUAAAUGAAUGCCAAAGCAAUCCUUGCCUAAACGGAGCCACAUGUACUGAUCACGUGAAUGGAUACACGUGCAGUUGUAAGCUGGGAUAUACUGGCAUCGUAUGCCAAAAAGUCUUGUGUCCUUCUGGCUGGAAAUAUUUUAAAGACUCGUGCUACUGGGCUGAUGAAAGAAGUAUGAGUUGGUAUGAUGCUCGGGCCGCCUGUGUUAGUUUGGGCGGAGACCUGGUAAAGAUAUCUAACGAGGAAGAGAGUCAGUUUGUGCACACCAUAUCGGCGUCUGGUGGGACCUGGAUCGGUUUGAAGAGAGAGAAUGACGGGUUUCGAUGGGUGGCCGAUAACUCUUUGAUCUCGUACACUAGCUGGGCCCCAGGUGAACCUGGCGCCUUUGAACAAUGCGUGUGGAUGGGCUUCACAGCCCCGACGAAAUGGGAUGACACUAACUGUUAUUCACAUCUUGGAUUCGUCUGUGAACUUCUCAUGUAAAAAUGCAAAACAGUAACACGUUUGAAUCACAAAAUAAAGUAAGCAGAACAAUAAGAAGACAGUAAACAGAAUAUGAAGACCCCAGCAUUGAGUCGUUAUUAACGUUAGACCUUCCAGUCUGCUUCGGUGUGUUUCUGACAUACUAAUUGGUGUCAUUUACCACCCUCCAGACAAUGGUCACAUGAACCGACACCUUUUCGAACAUAUAACUGAGAACUGAGACACCUUUCUUACCGCCCAGUCCGAUGGCCUGGUAGCGAUCACUAGGGUACUGGGUUGAAAGUACAGUGCGGUACUCAAAGGACUAGCUUGAAAGAAAUAAUCACCGUGUUGACUAGAGACACUGGAAUCCUUGAUCGGUAUCUCACAAACAAGCCUAAGUAUGUUAAACCUCUGCAGUACAGCAAUGAGAAGGUGAAAAGGUAUUGCACUUUACUAGACAGUAAAAGCUCGAAAGAGUCAUUGAACAUCAGCCUAGACAGACAAUACAUUAUCCUUUACACACUGUAUAAGAUUACGAUAACAACUGAAAAUGAAUUCUCAGUGGUGGAAGGUGAUAAGUUUGAGUGGCGAAUGGUGGUACCAAAUGCUUGGCGAAGAAAUCCCCUUCGUCGCUGCUAUUGGCGAGAGGUUCAAUUCAUUUCUUCGUGAUCUCACGUCCAGCUAUUCUCACCUGUCCCCUUAGUUCCUGUUCAGGCUAAUGCAGUUCCACCUGAGCUCCUGACGACUCCUGCAUCUGUCUUUGACUAACUGCGACACAUCAAGGUCAAAACGUCCUGUGGACCCGAUCAGGUCCCCGCGGUCGUAUGGAAGGAGUUCGCCUUUGAGUUAUUAGAGGUGAUAUGCGACCUAUACAACUCUUCCAUGACUGGCCCUAAAGGAAUCCAUUGUCAAUCUCAUACCCAAGUUCUCAUGUCAAGCUACACACGUGAUUACUAUGAUUGACAAGCUCUCCCCAGCAAAGUCAAUGGGGGAUGACGUAAGACCAAUAAACCUGACGUCACCACUUGCAAAAGUCCUUGAAGGUCUCUCGCUGGACUCAUUGCUUAGCCAGGUAGAAUUUAAAUUAGAACAUAAAUAAUUCUCGGUCAGUGGUAAAUCCACUGUCCACGCAUAAAUUUAUUUUCUUCACACCAUCUUAGAAUCUCCCGAUAGAGGCAAUAACUACGUGCGUAUUUUCUUUGUGCAUCGUAUGGUUCCUCUUGGUGGGCGUUUCUACUUGAGUACUUCCCAUGGAGAAUUGGAAACUAAUGUUGGUCAUUUAACCGUUACGCCUUUAUCUAUUUACGAGUUCCCAUGCAACAUAACUUACUUAGGUUCGUAUUGUUGUGUUUGGUACUUGAGAACAGAGUUUUGAGCAUUUAUUUUGGCCCUGUACAUUAGGAAAGUUAGGUCUGAGUUCACAAAAGGUUUACCCUAAUUGAGCUUUAGACCUAGCCGUCGGUAGAAUUAGCUUUUAGUACUUUUAAAGAGUUUGACUGCAAAAAUGAUUGGAAUGCUAUCAAUCAUAGUAGUCACGUGUGUAGCUUUCCAUGCGCAAUAGCAGUGUUACGGAUGUGUGACAUCCGUAUUCAGUAGGAACAUGUAAACAUAACGUAAGUCCCGGUAGCCCAAGGGUAACAAACCGGCACACCCAUAGGGGGUAGUUCGUUCCUCUGACGCCCAUUGGCUAUGCCCUUAUCGGAAUAUGUCUAAAAGCUUUCCAUGGCUGUCGGUGUCGGACUACCUAAGAAAUGCCGCCAUAGGAGUAUAUAAAAAGGGGUGCGUACCGAAGCCCCUAUGCAUGCAUGAUAUAUUACUCGUGAGAGUGAGGAACAGACACCCUUUAAAGUCUUCAAGUUUGUAACAGCGAAAGUAAAAACCUGUACCUCCCCCAGCCAAGUGGGUCAUAGUCGUUCUGUUACAUGUGGUUAGAGAAACCAAAAAUAUAACGGUUACAUCUGGUGAUAGAACAGAAAAGAUAGCUGUUACACUUUACAAGGGCUUUGACCUUGUAGAACACAAUGCACUUAUUGAAGAGCUUUUAAGCUCUUAAAAGAUCUUGGAUUUUAAUUAAUAUCUUAUAACACUGGAUCGCGACCUUUCUCACGGCAAGGCCUCAACGUGUUAAAAUUAACCGCAUACUAUCUAAAACUGUUUUUCCCAACGGGGGAAUUCGGCAGGGCACAAAACAUGGCCCUUUUUGUUUGCCAUUCUGAUUAAUCGUCUCGCGAGUGACUGGCCUUACCGCGUGAAAUACGACGAAUUGCACACCACUGUGUACGAAAUCAUCCCUAGGUGUUCUGUAAGUUAUUUUCCGUGCGUAACAAAUGAUAUCUACCGCUUUGCUAGCCCAAAAUGCAGGGAAAUAGUAAUUAAUUUCUUUCAGUAUCAUCCCAACCCCUGCAAUAGCGUAUUUCUCAUGGGAUCAGUUAUAAAGCGCGUAGAGAGCUCCUUAGGAGAUCAGUACCUACUAAAUAUUUGGUCCGUAUUUACAUCUCGCUAAUAAGGUCAAUUUAGAAUACGCCUCGCCCGUAUGGUCGGCCCUACCGGACUACCUUGAGCAUGUUAUUGAGGAUGUCUCAUCAUACUCCCUGGCUUGAGUUAUCAAGACGCUCUGAAAGUAACUGGCCUGCAGAACCUCUACACACGGUGUGGAUAAGCGUGUCAUAAGUUUCUUCUGUCCGCGCGCGAGUCAGAGCCCUUGAAAUCCGUGCUAAGCGCGCAUGGCAUCCACCAUCAUGGGUAUUCUCUCAGGUCAGGGAGUACCAAUGCUCUUACUCCAGGGCCUCGCACAAACAGACUAAGCGAUUUUUGUACUUCGAAAUUUAUAAAAUUAUAUAUGUAAUGCGUAACUUGUUAGUAGUAUGUGUUUCUGACUGAUGCCUCUUAUUCAGUAUGUUGUAAAUGAACUGCCAAAGGAUUUCAAUAAACAUAUCUAAGCCUUA